AGAGGCUGCAGACAACAGAUGUGAGAGGGUUUCCCAUAACUGUCAAUUUUCGAAGUGUUUGCAUUGAAAAGAGAGGAGGUGCUAUUUUGAUUGAUAUUUCAGCCGCGGUAUAUAAAGCAGAGGAAUUCCUCUUACCCUCUGCUUGUCAUACUGAUCUGCAUACUCUCUCAGCUGGACUUGGGGCUACUACUUACUGCAUCUGAAAGGCUGAAACUCACUGGGAAUAAAGAAUUCUUGUAACAAUGCCGGAACCCACCAAGAAAGAUGAAACUGAAAAUGAAAGUGCACCGCCACCUCCAGAACAAACAACACCGCAGGAGGGUGGAAAUGAAAAGGGUAAAGUAUGGUCUCUUGGAGAAGGAGCUCCAGAAGAGUCAGAAAAACGAGAUGACUCCCAAAGAUCUACUUUAUUCGUCGAAAAACCUCAGAGCGGUACAGUGAGUGUUGGUGGGAAUAUUACAUUUAUAGCCAAAGUAGAAGCCAAAGAUCUUCUCCGAAAGCCAAAUGUUAAGUGGUUUAAAGGAAAAUGGAUGGACCUGGCCAGUAAAGCGGGGAAGCACCUGCAGCUGAAAGAGUCCUUUGAGCGUCACACCAAGAUUCACACAUUUGAGAUGCAUAUCAUCAAAGCUAAAGAAAACUAUGCAGGGAACUAUCGCUGUGAAGUAUCUUACAAGGACAAGUUUGAUAGCUGCUCUUUUGACCUUGAAGUCACUGAAUCUUCCCAAGCUGCUCAAUCCAUUGACAUCAGAUCUGCUUUCAAAAGAAGCGGUGAAGGACAAGAGGAUGCAGGAGAACUUGACUUUAGUGGUCUCCUGAAACGUAGGGAGGUUAAACAACAAGAGGAAGAACCUGAGGUAGACGUGUGGGAUCUCCUGAAGAACGCGAAUCCCAGCGAAUAUGAGAAGAUUGCUUUUCAGUACGGUAUCACUGACCUGAGAGGAAUGUUAAAGCGCCUCAAGCGGAUGCGCAGGGAGGUGAAGAAGAGUGCAGCUUUUGCCAAAGGUCUCGAUCCUGCAUAUCAGGUGGACAAAGGAGGUAAAGUAAGAUUCAUGGUGGAGCUUGCAGACCCAACAGUGGAACUCAAGUGGUAUAAAAAUGGCCAAGAAAUACGACCAAGCGCAAAAUACAUUUUUGAGCACAAAGGCAACCAGCGAAUUUUAUUCAUCAACAACUGUUCGAUGACAGACGAUGCUCGCUAUUACGUAACAGCUGGUGAUGAGAAAUGCUCCACAGAACUGUUUGUGAGAGAUCCUCCAAUUUUGGUGACCAAAGGCUUGGAGGAUACCAAUACCUAUGUUGGUGAACGAGUAGAACUGAGCUGUGAAGUAUCUGAGGAUGAUGCAAAUGUGAAAUGGUUUAGGAAUGGUGUAGAACUUACCAAUGAUCCUAAAUCUCGGUAUCGAAUCAAGGUUGAGGGUAAAAAACACACUUUGAUCAUAGAGGAAGCUGCAAAAAAUGACACUGCAACUUACUCAGUUAUGACAACUGGAGGGCAAUCAGAAGCCAAGCUUGCAGUUGACUUGAGACCGCUGAAGAUAUCACUUGCACUAGAAGAUCAGACUGUGAGGCUUGGACAGGAAAUCCACCUGAAGUGUGAGAUAUCUGAGAACGUGGAAGGGAAAUGGUACAAAAAUGGACAGCUGAUUGAAGCUAGUGACCGUGUAAAGCUUUAUCACAAAGGAAGAAUACACAGAUUUGUUAUACCAGCUUCUGCUGUUGAUGAUGAGGGUGAAUACAUGUUUGUACCAGAUGCCUAUAAUAUUAAUAUUCCAUGCAAAGUACAUAUUGUGGAUCCUCCUAAACUUCACCUGGAUGGUCUUGGGGAAAAUAACACUGUUACAGUAGUGGCAGGAAGCAAACUACGACUUGAGAUCCCUAUCACUGGUGAACCAACUCCAAAAGUCGUGUGGAGUAGAGGUGACAAGGGGAUCACAGACAGUGGAAGAAUACGGGCAGAAACAUAUCCAGACAGCAGCUGCCUGGUCAUUGAUACAGCUGAGAGGGAAGAUUCAGGUCCUUUUAGAAUAACUUUAAAGAAUGAGGCUGGAGAGGACACAGCUCUAAUCAACAUCAAAGUGGUUGAUGUCCCUGAUCCUCCUCAGGCACCAAACGUGACUGAGGUGGGUGAAGACUGGUGUAUUAUGACCUGGGAACCUCCAGCAAAUGACGGUGGAUCACCCAUCUUAGGAUAUUUCAUUGAGAGGAAAAAGAAACAAAGCUCCAGGUGGAUGAGGCUGAAUUUUGAACUGUGUAAAGAAACAACUUUUGAGCCAAAGAAGAUGAUUGAAGGUGUUGCUUACGAGGUCCGUGUAUUUGCUGUUAAUGCAAUAGGCAUGUCCAAACCAAGUAUGCCUUCAAAGUCCUUUGUUCCUUUAGCUGUUACCAGCCCACCGACUCUCCUGGCAGUGGACGGAGUGACUGACACCUCGGUGACAAUGAAGUGGAGGCCGCCCGACCAGAUCGGAGCGGCGGGGUUGGACGGCUAUGUUGUAGAGUACUGCUUUGAAGGAACCGAUGAAUGGAUCGUGGCUAACCCGGAGCUGACAGACAAAACGAAGUUUACAAUCAAUGGCCUGCCCACUGGCUCAAAAAUCCUUGUGAGAGUAAAAGCUGUGAAUGCUGCUGGUGAAAGUGAGCCCAGGUACCACCCACAGCCUAUUUUAGUCAAGGAAGUGAUAGAACCUCCUAAGAUUCGUCUACCAAGACACUUAAAACAAACUUAUACUCGAAGAGUUGGAGAAACUGUGAAUCUUGUUAUUCCUUUCCAGGGAAGACCACGGGCAAAAGUAUCAUGGCAGAAAAACGGUUCUCCAAUCGACAAGAAUGAAAUCAACAUCCGCAACACUGAAAACGACACCAUCAUCUUCAUCCGAAAGGCAGAGAGGGGGCACUCUGGAGAAUAUGAUAUGAAAGUGGAAGUAGAGAACUUGGUGGACAAAGCUACGAUAGAUAUUCAGAUUGUUGAUCGCCCAGGCCCACCAGAGAUUGUAACUAUUGAGGAUGUUUGGGGAGAGAAUGUAAAUUUAUCAUGGAAGCCACCAAAGGAUGAUGGAAAUGCUGCCAUUACUGGGUACACUAUUCAAAAAGCAGAUAAGAAGAGUAUGGAAUGGUUCACAGUGAUCGAGCACUACCAUCGCACCAGUGCCACCAUCAAUGAGCUCAUCAUAGGAAACGAGUACUACUUCAGGGUCUUCGCUGAGAACAUGUGUGGCCUCAGUGAGGAUGCAACGAUGACCAAAGAGAGUGCUUUGAUUGCAAAGGAUGGUAAAGUCUACAAAUAUCCAGUUUACGAUGAUUUUGACUUCAGUGAACGGCCGUUGUUUACUCAGCCUCUAGUCAACACCUUUGCCAUAGCUGGUUACAAUGCUACUUUGAACUGCAGCGUUCGGGGCAACCCCAAGCCCAAAAUAACCUGGAUGAAAAACAAAGUCCUUAUAAUGAAUGACCCAAGGUACCGAAUGUUCAGCAACCAAGGUGUGUGUACCUUGGAGAUCCGCAAACCCAGUCCCUAUGAUGGAGGUACUUACACCUGCCGAGCAGUCAAUGAACUUGGAGAGGCAGAAGUGGACUGCAAACUGGAAGUAAAAGUGAUCUAUCACGGAGUAAUUAACCCAGGAGAACCAAUCUGCUUGGCGGGGAAUAAUCAGGUUUAUAAUGCGCAUACUCCUCUGGACAUUCCAUUUCAUUCCCUUCCUCUCUUUCCACAUGCAAACGCAUUUUCUGCAUGCAAAGUGUGUAUUUAUUUCCCUUUUUGAAUAAACUAGCUAGCGUCUCAUGGCAUACAUUGUUUAUGUCACAUGAGCAAAGAAGGCUAAAUUAAUCAAGAAUAUGGGUAUUUAACACCAGAAUUACUAAGGUUUUAGACAUAUUUCAUAGAACUACCUGUACCUAUAAAGAAUUUAUUUAAUGACUGUGAAUACCUCUGACCACUACACUUAGACCUUUCCAGGAGAAUGAAGUUUGCAUUUCAAAAAGCCAUCUCUCAGUUAGUUUGUAGAAUUAUUGAAAGAACAGAAAUAUCAUAAAGUCCUUUGCUGCACUUAAAAGGCAUUCUUUAUUACAGAUUAGUUUUUGGUGACAAAUUAGUGCUCAGAAUGAUAAUCCAUACCUGAGCUUAACCUACUGAAUUUAAGGAUGAAAUCUUGAUUCAACUACUUACAAGCAGAAAAUUUUACUUCAUUUAUUUUAUUUCUUCUAGAACUUAUUUUACAUUCAAGUUCAGUGGGGUUCAGAGAUUUUCCUCUUUCUAUGGAAAUGUGUUUUCUUGCAACCUUGCCCAAAUGUCAGAAUAUUGACAGUGCAGUUUUAAAAUUAUAAUGAUGCCCAGAAACCAGUCUGUAGUAUAUUAUCAUCCAAACUUACAAUUCCAAACCUAAAACACGUUAGGAGAUCAGACUAGAUAAUGUUCCUGUAGCUUUGAAGUUUUAGGGUAUUUUUCUUAAAAGGCUACAAUAGUCACAAAGUUGAGUGUCUUUACAUACACACACAUACAUAAAUGUACAUAUAUGGUUGUUUUAUAGAUUCAAAAUAUUUAAUUAAAAGUAAGGGCUCCUACAGAGUAAAUAGCAUGCUUUAAGUAUUGUAAAUGUGGAUAUAUGACAAAGUACAUAUUCUAGUGCACAGGUAUGUAAUUAGUCUGUACUUGAUUAUUUUGCCUUACAGAGUUCCAACAUAUAUAUAUAUAUAUCCUUC